UUGGUAUGCUGUGUUGGUUAUACUUUUGGAGAGAGGAAACCAUUGUAUGUAGGAGUUUUACUUGAACUAUCUGACAAUUGGUAUGCGAAAUAUACAAACUUUUUUCCUACGAUGUUUGAGUAUGCAUUUCAAAGAAUCAACAAGGCGGGUAUUUUGAAAGACUAUGAAUUUAAAUUAAUCAUUAAAGAUACGAAGGGUGAAACUGGUUUGGCAGCAAGACGACUCACUGAAUUGUUAGAGGAGGACCCGCCAAAAGUCGCUAUCAUUGGACCUACGCUCUCUAAUUCACUCACUGUGACUGGACAAAUAGUUCCUUUCUAUAACGUCAUUGAGUGGUGUUUUUUUCUCUCAAUAUUUACGAUUUACAAAAAAAGAACUUAUUUUAAUAUCGUGCCUGAUUUUCAAUCUUGUUCUCACCAUCUUAAUUGCAAAAUAGUUAUCUUGUACAUGCUAUCCAUUGUAUUUCAGCUUUCAUAUAUAGCAAUAACAGCAACAACUGUACACAGUGAUCUUUACUCAACAUUGUUUAAGGUUAAUCAAGUAACGGAUGCGUUCAAUCCACUGAGAAUAAAAGUAAUGAAACAUUUCGGAUGGACAAGAGUAGCAACAAUUACCUACCAAGAGGAAAUUUCAUAUUCGCAAAUAGCCAAUUUUCAGAGCCUUCUUCGUGAUAACAACAUGACACUGGUAACGUCUGCUGUCAUAUCUGAAGCCAGCAAUUUCAAGGACAUCCUCAAACGGUUCAAGCAAUUUGGUGUGCGUAUUAUAGUUGGCGCAUUCAGAACCAGCGUUGCCCCCAGUCUUUUUUGUGAGGCUCAUCAUCAGAAUAUGUAUGGUAACAGUCAUGUAUGGAUCUUGAGUGGACCUACCCUAUAUGACGGAUGGCAAAAACGUGCAAAUGUUGACGGUAUGAGUUGUACAAUGGAACAACUGACUGAAGCAACUCAAGGUGUCUUUACAACUGGGUACGUCCGGGAAAGUGCACCAUCAAAAGCUACCGUCUCUGGGCAGGUAAAAACAGAUGUCAUAAACGAUAUAAAUGUUCUUUUAAGUAACACAAGUUACUCAUUGUCUUCGUCAAUGACGUGGAUCUACGAUACACCAUGGGCACUAGCUUUAGGUCUCAACAACAGUAUAAAAUAUCUGGAGAAAUCUGGAUUAGAUAUACACAACUAUAAUUACAGUGACGAAUACUUGGAAGCCGUUGUAAGAGGAAUGAAAGAGGUGCAAUUUCAAGGAAUUUCAGGUCCAGUUGCAUUUGAUGAGACUGGUAGUCGCAUUGGAAUAACCAGUCUGAAACAACAUUUUGAUGAUCAAAUAAGUACCGUUGCCAUAUAUGACAAAGUAAGCGACAUUUUGACAUGGUUUGUAGAUUAUGCGACACUUUGGCCAGGAAGCGAAAUUCCAGAGGACAGAUUUACUUACCAAGAUAUUCUUGUACCACCCAGUCGUAUAUCGUUUGGCCUGAUUGUAACCUUGGACUGUUUAGGAUUAACCAUGUCCAUCGCAUUUUUGUUCUUCAAUAUAUACUUUAGAAACAACACUGCCAUUAAAAUGUCAAGUCCUAUGGUUAACAACGUAAUUAUUGUCGGCUGCUUGCUGAUAUAUCUCGAAAUACUGGUUAAUGCCAUUGCAUACGACAGAAACGAGGAUGGAGUCACCGGCAGUAGACUGUGCAUGGUACGAAUAUGGCUUCUUUCAUUAGGUUUCACGACUUUGUUUGGUGCCCUGUUCACAAAAACAUAUCGAGUCUAUGUAGUCCGUUAUAAAUCUUUAAUUUAAUCAAAGCCGAUGAAAGACUAUCACGUGUUCGGAAUGGUUGGAAUCAUGUUGGUGAUUGAUGUUAUCAUUUUGGUACCAUGGACAAUAUUCUUUCCUCUGCAGAAAAUAAAAGUCACACAAAAAACCAUGGACGAAUUUAGUAGGAACAUGAUAACUUUCGAAUCAUAUUUGCAUUGUUACAACGAAAACAACGUUUACUGGAUUGCCGCCAUGUAUGUGUACAAAGGUCUUCUGCUUGCCUUUGGAUUAUUUCUUGCUUGGGAAACGCGGCAUAUCACAAUUCCUAUGCUCAACGACUCGAAGUACAUAGGCGCUUGUAUCUACAAUGUCGUCAUCGCAUGCAUGUUCGGUGUCCCCCUGGCGCAUACAUUACCGAUCGAGCAGAUGACCUUGAAAUUUCUUUUAGAAUCCUGUUUACUUUUCUUCUGUACUACGAGCUCACAGUGUAUCAUAUUUAUACCAAAGGUGAAGAUGAGAAAUCAAAUUCAAGGUAGGUUUGUAACAUCCAUACAGGUCUUAUCUGCACAAACAGCUGCUUCUUCAAAUACCAGUGGUUCGCAUUCUGAUACACAGAACAACGAGGAUAUGAAGAGAGAAAUUAUCAGGUUAAGAAUGGAAAAAGCCAAUGAAGCUAUUGCUGUUGCAAAAUUACGAAAAUCAAUCCUACAUCAUACCGGAAACAUUCAUUUUUACAAAAGUGGGAACGAGUAUGUAGUAUGUAAACUUGAAGGUUUAGUGUCAGCCAGUAAAAUAAGUUUCAAUAAAGGUGAAGAAGAAGACAAUAACAGCAUCUGA